AUGAAUAAUCUUGCAAAACCUGAAUAUUUAAAGGUCUUCAUGUCUUUGAUGCUUUGCACAGACAAUACGCUCUUUGAAACUUUAUUUUUUGUUCCUGAUGAAGUUGUUUUGGAGAUUAAAUGUUCGAAAUCAUCUCACAAGCAAAAACCAGCAACGUACAUAGGUACAAAGUUAAUUAAAGUUCACUUAAUAUUCACUCCUGUACAUUCGAGAGAGGUUGAAAAAGUAAACACAAGAGAAACGCAUUGA